GAGCUAUAAAGAUGUGCAGGAGUGGGACUCGCACGACCCGGACUGCGGUGGCGCGAUGCAGUCGCCCAUCAACAUCAACACGGCCGAGACCGUCUUCAGCCCGCAGCUGCGGCCGAUCCAGCUUGUUGGCUACAGCCUGUCCUCCAAGGAAAUGCUCAAGCUGAAGAACAACGGGCACACAGUUGUCCUUGAGCUGCCCGAGCUGCUGGCCAUUGCUGGGGGCUAUGCCCAGCAGUACAAAGCCGUGCAGCUGCACCUGCACUGGGGUUCUCCGUCAGGACCUGGCUCGGAGCACACCGUCAAUAACCACCGCUUCCCCGCGGAGAUCCACGUGGUCCACUACAACACCAAGUACAACAACUUUAAGGAGGCCAUGGUCCACCCUGAUGGCUUGGCAGUGCUGGGAGCCUUCCUGGAGGUUGGGCCCAGGGAGAAUCCGUACUAUCGGCAGAUACUUGAGCACCUGUACAAAAUCGAAGGAGAAGAUGAAGAAGUCUUGGUGCCUGGGUUCAACAUCGCAGGCCUGCUUCCCGCCAACCUGAACCUCUACUUCCGCUACAACGGCUCUCUGACCACCCCUCCCUGCUACCAGACGGUGAAGUGGACGGUCUUCAACCAGACCGUGCAGCUCUCUCAAGAUCAGGUCUGUCAUGGCCCCAGGCUCCCAGCUGGCCCUUGUGCAGCUUCUGGAGCAGCCCCUGAAGCAGGCAGGGGCUCUGCUCUGCUCACACCGCUCUCCUGCCAGAUCUCCCAGCUGGUGAUGACCCUGAGAGGGGACGAUGACAGCCCCCUGCAGAACAAUUUCCGAGGCGUUCAGAAGCUGCACGGGCGACACGUGCUGGCGAGUUUCCAGAUCACCCUCCCAUCAGUGAAGCAGCUGCCUGCUGGUGGUGGUUCAGCUCUUUCUAGUACAGAAAAACACAGCAGUUCAUUCCAGGCAGGGGACGUGCUGGCCGUGCUCUUCGGAGUGCUCUUUGCCGUCACGGCGCUGGCCUUCCUGCUCUACAUCCACAAACACCGCAACCAGAAUGCACGGCUGGACAAUCCAAGCAAAUCCAAGGUCAUCUACACAGCAGCCACCACAGAUGAGAAUGCAGUGUGAGCCACGUGCUGCUGCUGC